AUGCUGUCUGGGUCUGAUCACCUGGUUGUCCUGUAUGUGCCAUGUGAUGGCACUAAGGAAGAUGAGCUAAUUGCUCUUAAUGACACUGGACUAAACCCAGCAGGUCUACCAGUCAUGAAACGAAUUCUUCUGUUUUUUAUCCUGGCUGCUGCUGUUAUGUAUGGCAUACUGCAUGGAAAUCUGUGGAGAAACAACCUCUACUGGAUUAGCUUUUAUGGACAGACUUCCUCUGUGAGGGCUCCUCCUUCUUACGAGACUGGUGGAGUCACCCAGCUGCCACCUACAGCUGUGGAGAGAAGGAAUGCACUGGACACUUGUCUCCUGAAACCAGCAUUUGAAUCUUUACUGGGUGUUGACAAAAUAUACCCGUUCCUGUGUGCUAAUGAUUUCAUCAGAGUGGCAGAGUUCCACGGGAGCGAUAAAUUUGAACUACCUUAUGGAAUAAAGAGAGCAGAGCAAUUUUUUCACUUAGCCCUUUCAAGACUGCAGAACUGUGGACUUUCCAGUGAAGAUGACAG